AUGUCAGCCCACCUCAGUCACGAAGAGUUCUUCGGCAAGUUGGCAGAGCUUUUCGAACAACGCAAGAGCAAGGGACGUGGCUCCAUAUUCCUCGUCCAGAAAAGAUUAACCUACGGCCAAGAUACGGCCUCGACACCACCAGCCGGCGAUGAUUCCUUCUCCGACCUCCACCCCGCAAAUCCACUCCCUGUGAUUGUGCGCGCGACAAACGGCAAGUCGAAGAAACAUAGAGACGACAAGAUCAAGCUGUCCACAAUCGUUCAGCCCGAUGCUUUGGAAUCCUUCUUCGCCAGCUACGCCAACAUCUGCAAGGGGGGUAUGUCCGCACUCAAGCCCCGGGAUCGGAGUAAGAAGAAGGCCAAGUCCAGAAAGAAGAAGGGAGGUGCAGUCACGGCCGUCGCUGCGGCGUGA